UCGCACCAUUUCACCAAGUAACCAUGGCCAAUAUUCACAGCAUUCUCACACCCUCCAUGAUAUUAUGCACACUUCUUCUACACCUCUCUCUCUUUCCUUCUACAAUUUCCUCAAUUAGUUCCAUCCAUGACCUUCUCAAAAGUAAAGGACUACCAGCUGGACUAUUUCCAAAAAAUGUUGUAAAAUCAUAUAAUCUUGAUAAAAAUGGCCAUUUGGAAGUUUAUUUAGAAAGGCCAUGUGUUGCAAAAUUUGAGACAUGGGUGUUCUUUGACACUAUUGUUAAAGCUAAUCUUAGUUAUGGUGGAUUAAUUGGAUUAGAGGGUCUAUCUCAAGAAGAGCUUUUUCUUUGGUUGCCAGUGAAAGAUAUCAUAGUUUAUGAUCCUUCUUCUGGUUUGAUCUUGUUUGAUAUUGGUUUGGCUCAUAAACAAAUAUCCCUCUCCCUUUUUGAAGAGCCUCCUCUUUGUACUCCUCAAGGUUUAUUAAUGGAGAAUGAUGAGAUUAAGGAGUCUGGAUUCAGAAUUGAUUCAAGAUUUUCCAGUCUCUGAACUCUGAUGUGCUACUGAUUUUGCGGCGUAAUUCUUGGCUCCGGCUUUGUCUCAUUUGAGGGCGGUUGAAAACUUGAAACAUGGACAAAAGAAAGUGGAAUGAGAUUUUUGAUUUAGAUGCUUGUAGUAGGAUUGUAAAAAAAAAAAAAAAAGUGGAAACUAACAAUAUAAAAAUUUUGGAAAGAAAAUUUUGGAAUUUUUUAAAUUACUUGCUUGUUAAAAAGGAUACAUGAGUCGUGAAAUAUAAAAAGCGGAAAUAUAUUGUGAGACUA